UUUAUGGGCGGGAAAACUAAGUGAUGAGAAUGGAGGAAUAGGUCUCCAGCCACUGCUCGCCGGAGAGAAGGAGCUUGGUGGCAGCUGCGGUGGAGGAGGAGAUGGCGUCGACGUUCACAUGCCCGGAGAUGCCGGCGGCGGAGAUCAUCUCGAUAUUGGCCCAGACGGGUAUUGCGACGCUGAAACCGGAGGACCUCGCGGCGCCCACGGCGGAGCUCAUGUGCUCGCUCUAUGCGAACUUCCUCUCCUACCUUGAUCCUCUUGGGGAUGAUUUGGAUGGGCAGAUCGGGUUUGGUGCUUUGGAGUUGCUGGAGAACCCUGACAAUCAUGCAGAUUCCAUUAGGAUUUUUAAUCUCUAUCGCAAAGUCAAAGAUUUGCUGGGUUCAAUUAGGUUUGGAAAUUUCACACUGAGGGAUUUGUUGAAGCCAGAUGCGAGGCGGACUGGACAGAUUCUCAGUACAAUUGUCAACUUCUUGUUCUAUAGAGAAGAUAAACUGAAUAUGCUACAGCCAAUUGUAGACCAGUUCCCAGCAUAUGAGGAGCGAAGGAUAGAGUUAGAGGAGAAGAUUACUCAGUUGAAUAAAGAGAUUUUGGACCAUGAAGUUGCAUGCCAAAUGGAGGAGCCUAUUGUCCAGGAGUUGGAUGCUGAGGUCAAGCAAUUACGUCAAACCAUACAAAACUAUAACAAGCAGCAGAUGUCUCUCAAAGCUCUAUUCAAAGAGCUUAAGGAUAAGAAUGAAGCAAUCAAUGAGAAGAUCUCUCAUGCUGAUUUUGUAUUAUCGGAAAGUGCCCAAGAAAAUUCUAAAUUGCUGUCUAAAAUUGUUCAAUCCCCUGACAAAUUGCAGAGGGCCCUCGAUGAGAAAAAAAUAAAGAGAGCUGAAAUAAAGAAUUCUGAAAGAUCAGCAAUGCAGAUUGUUCAAGCAAAGACUUCAACACUAGAGGCAUAUACAAAGGCUUUUGAUAAAAUGUCCAAGCACUUUGCCCAGGUGCAGGCUAUUCAGGAACAAGUUAAUUCAGUCAAAGUUGUUGAUAAGGAUGUAAAGGCUCUAAAAGCUAAGCUGGGUGAUCAAGGAGUUUUAAACAUGUCUCUUGAAGCAAAAAUAGUUGAAAGACAAGGCAAAGCAAAGCAAUCUGAGGAUUUGAUCAAGGCGAUGGAGAAGGAGAGGGAUGUGAAGCAUUCAGAGGCCACCCAGAAACUUGAAAGUGUGAGAGCAGAAAUGGAAUGGAAACUGCAUCGUCUUGAGCCUAGGGAAAGGAAAGCUGAAGCAAUGGUUGGUAAGGGUGAGAUGUUGCUCUCAGAAGCUGAUUCCAUAAGACAAGCGGCUAACGCACAACAGCAAGAACUUCUGGGUAAACAAGAAGAGAUUGUGCGUGCGUUUCACAGCUACUCAAACUUGAUCAUGCCCUUCUUCCAAAGAGCAGAACUUGCUGUUGAGAAAGAGCCACUUGGGACCGGCAUAAGUGAUUAAGAAGAACCUGUAGAAGCUGUCUUUCACUUCUAAUGUUGCUUAGCCAGCAUCAGUAAAAGGUUUGUAAUGGUGUAAAAUAAGUUCAUGUUUUGUUUUCUUGUGUUAUAAUGCUGAGACUGAGACUUUUGUAUGGAGCUUGUUUGCUCUCAUCAGUAUUUAUAGUGAAGCUUGUGUCUGACUCUGAUUUCUUAAGUCAGCUGUGUUUCUGUUA